AUGAAACUCCCUUCCAAAGCCUCCAAAGCCAUUGUCACCCCUCCGGCCAAGACCCCUCAGCCAAAACCCAAAACUACCCCUAAGCCAAAGGCCAAGACACCUGCAAAACCAAGGACGCAUCCGUCAUCUACGGCCGCCUCCAAACCCUACACCAAGCCUGCCCCACCAUCAGUCAUCCCUAACAUCACGAUGGUGGGUGCAACGCAUAAUCCACUCCUAGUCUACGUCCACAACGCACCGUCACCAGUUGUACGUCCACCAUCCCCACUUUCUAUCAAGCCCUUGGCCACCAUUUAUCCAGUGGAAUCAGAUGCGUCAAGCCAACCAUCUCGUUCGUCCAUCCUCAUAUAUUCCCCUGGGACGCCUCAUACCUCAGUAGGCACCCCUCCAUUUACUCCACCCAUACCACCCUCUGACAGUCCUGCGUUAGAGCGCAAUCUUGAAGAGUUGGCAUAA